CCACGUUAGCCAGCAUUUGCAGCACACAACUGCCAGCAGCUAAAGGCUUUAGUCGGGGGGAUAUGGAUUUAGAUGGCGGCGAUCUCUGCAGCGCAUCGCAUAUCGAGAGGUUCUAAUCACCAUCUACUGGUUGGGUCGUGCUGCCAACGGCUGUACUUCCUACAACGGUCCCACGCUGGACCUGAAAGAGUUUGAGGGCCUGCUGUCACAGAUGCGAAAGGGGGCGGAGGAGGCAGAGAGCCCCAAGCGCAGCAUCCGGGACAGCGGCUACAUCGACUGCUGGGACUCCGAGCGCAGCGACUCCCUCUCCCCGCCGCGCCACGGCCGCGAGGACUCCUUCGACAGUCUGGACUCCUUCGGCUCGCGCUCACGACAGACGCCGUCGCCAGACGUCCUGGUCCCCCGCGGCAGCAGCGAUGGCCGCGGCAGUGACUCCGAGUCCGACGGCGCCCCCCACAGGAAGGUUCCGGACGUCCGCAAGGACGACAUGUCGGCGCGGCGGACGUCCAUCAGCGAGCCGCGCACCGCCGUGCCCUUCAACCAGUACCUGCCCAACCGGAGCAACCAGAGCGGGUACGUGCCCACGCCGCUCCGCAAGAAGAAGAGCGACAAGGAGGACGGCGCUCGCAAGAGUUGGAGCACUGCCACCUCACCUGUAGCGGGAGAGCGACCUUUCAGUACUCCAGCUCGCUCGUGCUCAGAGGAACUCUUCCACCAUUCGACGGCUCGAGGGGCGAGCGCCGCAGCGACCCCCGCGGUCGCGGCCUCCUCCGUGAAACAUCCACCUGUGACGGAGCAGCAGCAGCAGCAGCAGCAGCAGCAGCAGGAGGAGGAGGAGGAGGAGGAGGAGGAGGAGGUGGCGGCGUCUGUGAGGAAGGGAGCCGCCCGUGGUCCGUCAGUCGCAGAUGAGAAGCGGUCUCGCCGAACGCCGGCUUCUCCCAAGCACGUCGCUGUCCCGAGUCCCCCCCACUUCCUUCCUGUGCCCGCUGCCACGGCAACGGCUACAACGACAACAACCGACACAGGCCGACGGAAGGGAAGGGCGCUGAGUGAAUGCGACGACCCGCAGAGAGGGAACUCUUGGUUGGACAGCGGUCUUCCAGCAACAUUCAGCCGCACACAUAGUGCGUCAGAUGACACACAAAGUGUGAGUAUGAUCGACAUGCGCGGUGAGGAGGAGGCCAUCUUGCAGCCUCACAGUCAGGUGCGUCACGAGCUGAUGCACAACCAGUACAACAGGAGGAAGGAAGAGGACGAUCACUGGCAGGAUGACCUGGCCCGAUGGAAAAAUCGGAGGAGGAGUAUCUCCCAGGACCUGAUCAAGAAGGAGGAGGAGAGGAAGAUGAUGGAGCAGUUGAUGUCUGGAGGCCCCUGUCCCUCCCAGAGGAGGAGAAGCAUCAAGACCUACAGGGAGAUAGUGGAGGAAAAGGAGCGUCGCGAGGAUGACCUACGAGACGCGUACAGGAGAGCCAGAACCCACGAGGAGGCGGCGCUCAUCCUGCAGCAUUACGCCCAGCGCUUCUCCAUCAGUGAAACGGUGCUGGAGCGCCUCCAGUUGCCAAAGCUCCUGGACCGCAGCGUAUCUGCCGAUCCCUCCUUGCCGUGCUCCUUCCCCCUCUCCGUCUCCCCGACGACGCCGGACCCCUUCGACGUGGACCCCGACGGGCCCAUGAGGUACCUGCGCCAGCAGUCCGCCCCGGCUCCGAAGUUCACGUCCACGCUGGAGGCGCGAAUCGAGGAGUUUCCCAAAGAACUCCCGCACCAGCGGCCUCAGAUUCGCUCUCGCUCGUCCGAGCCGCCGUCCGGCCGGACCCUGUCGCCCAAACCGGUGCCUUUGCUGACGCCCAAGCCUUACUUGCAACCAUGGACCUGCAAGGCGGAUGGUUUGUUCCGAGUCAACGGCGACAUCAGAAGUGGCGACGUUCCCACUACGCCCGAGAGUCUGGGAAGGGAAUCUCCUCCUCAUUUCCUGGCGUCGCCUUCCAAAACCAGCAGCAGCGCUGCAGGCGCUCCGUCGCCAGCGGCAACAGCCGCCGCCUCCCCAACGCGCGGUCCGCUCCCCUCGACCGGAGGGGAAGACCCCGCGUCAUCGAAGGCCGAGGAGAAACAAAGAGGCUCAGAACCGUCUUCUAAGGACGUCCACGAAGAAAGAGUCGCCCAUCAUUCAGCACCACCCAGCCGGCCCAACUCGCUCCCUUCGGAGCUGCAGAAGCCAGAAGAAAGCUUUGGGGAGACUGGAAGCCACUCGGUAGCUGCUCCAGAGGAGGAGAAGUCCAACGCUGCAGCGCCUCCUGCAGACAAACACUCCAACGUUGUCCAGUCAGGAGUCAACACACGGCAAAGUCAGCUUGUAGCUUUACAGGCCAGUGUUCCCAGUCCCCGGGACUCGUCACAGAGAAGAGAGAAUCUACCGAGCUUAGCUGCACCAGGAUCGUUUGAAUAUCACCCGCCAAGGGAAACGACAGCAGAAAUUGCAAACAGUGUCAGGUCUCCGCUGGCAACCAGCAACCCUAAGUUACGCUGGGAGUUCUUCGUGCCGCCAGAAGAGAUGGAUAAGGAUCGUCGUGGAAACGUGUCUGUCCCGGUGUUGCCCCAGGCCAGGCGGACUGACCGCUGGUCUUGGGACCCGGAUGAGGAGCGAAAGCGUCAGGAAAGGUGGCAGCAAGAGCAGGAGCGCAUGCUGCAGGAGAAGUACCGCCGCGAGCAGGAGAAGCUGAAGGAGGAGUGGGAGAAGGCGCAGAGAGAGGUGGCGGAGGAGGAGAGGAAGUACCACGAGGAGCACAACGAUAAUCUUAACCCCGUUGUGGUAUUCAAGGGUUUCUUGAAUCCUCACCCAGCUCUCCCAUCACAACAGGAGCGUAGGAUACUGGAGGACACUGUGGUGCCGCUGACCCCCCGGGGCCCCUCGGCCCUGCCCUCCCCCAGCCGAGGAGAGGUCUCCUCCACCUCGGAGCCCCGGGACGCCAUCGUCCGUUCGCUGGCCGACUGGGAACGCAAGCAGGAGCUGCUGGAGAGGCAGUCGAGGGGGAGCACGGAGAGCGUCGAAUGGAAACGCAGAGAAAACGACCGGACCAGUGACAUCAGCACCGCCGACGACAGCAUGAAAACAGUCAGGAGCUCGGUGAGUCAGAGCAGCAGUCGGGCGGAAACUCACGCUCACGGUCUGCAGAACGGACAAAAACUCGCCGUGACGUCGACCAAAACCUCGACGGCGGUGAAGAAACGAGAAGAGCCGUCAGCGGACGGCAACAAGCCCGGCCGGCCCGCAGGAGACCGGAGGAGUGGUCCCAUUGAUCAUAACAUGUGCCGCAGCUCAUCAAAACCCCCCGCAGCAUGUCCACCGUGUCCAGACUCGCUGCCUCCAGCACCCAACAGGUCCGUCAGUGGGAAGAAGCUGUGCUCCAGCUGUGGGCAGCCUCUGGGGAAGGGGGCGGCCAUGAUCAUCGAGACCCUCAGUCUCUACUUCCACAUUCACUGCUUCAAGUGCGGUGUGUGUAAGGGACAGUUGGGAGACACGACGACGGGGACGGACGUCCGGAUCAGAAACGGCCUCCUCAACUGCCACCAGUGCUACAUCGGCUCCCGCUCGGCCGGACAGCCGACGACGUUGUGACACUCGGAAGAAGAAGAAGAAGAAGAAGAAGAAGAAGAGGAGGAGCACAAGCUUCAUGGAAGAAACCCCGUUUUAAACCGAUUAUCGUGUAACCAAUGGAGAUUCAUCACGGGGGGAUCUGGGGACAGUCAGACUAAUAUAUAUAUAUAUAUAUAUAUUUAUAUAUAUAAAUAUAUAAAUAUUCUUUGUGUUUAUGUCAUGAGUGAGUGACAUCUGGAUUUGAUUGGUCCACGUGCCAACACAGACUCUGUUCCAUCAUGCAGCGAGAGAGAGAGAGAGAGAGAGAGAGAGAGAGAGGCGGCGGCCAUGUUGAAAAUAUAAGACACACCUGUUCUUAAACCCAGGAUGACGUUAACGCUGUCGGAGUGAACACACACGAGGAAAAUAUGGUGUUCGGGUCUUUUGGUUAAAUUGAAAGCAGAUAUAUUUUCUAUACAUCUAUUAAAUUCCAUAUAAUGUAUAAAUGCAGUAUAUUACAUAGUUACUGAAUCAUUGUGUUAUCAUCAUUUAAGAAAAGAUUUGUUUCUUAAUUUGGAUACAAAUGUGGUCGGGCAGCUCGAUUUUAAGAUUAGUUUUUUUGUUUUUAUUUCUCCAAAACAAGACCGUGACGUUGAACAUACGAAUACUUGUAUGACCCUUUUUUAUUUUUAUUUUAUUUAACGCGAGAUUUAAAACAAAGAUUCAUGCAGAUUCGCUACAUUUUAGAAAGUGCAGUGAAAGUCACUUUAAACCCACGACUUUGAUCCCUUUGGCCCUCCUGAACUAAGUUAUAGCUUCUAUAAAACACACACAUUAUAGAUGUGGUUUCACCUUCAGGGCAAUAAGCUCCACUCGUGAGCUCUUUUUUGUG